GUUGUUUUAUCAGAUAUGGAUUCAAAAAAGACAAUUCAAGAAGCUCGUACAUCUCGAAACAGUUCGGACAAUUCAAUUUCAACAAGAAGACCUCCACCUCCUCCUCCAAGGAAGCGAAAUCGACUUGUGAGAGCUACAACUUACUUGGUCAACAAAUGUCCUUAUUCAUCUGCUAUUUCGCCACAAUUUGAUGAACAAUUACUUGCCUCAUCAGGGCAAUUCACAAAUCUUUUAACAACUACUAUUGGUAAAAAGUUUUACUCUCAAACCUCAGGUGAAGGUAAAGAUGGACAACUCAGUUGUCCUAAAUGUGGAAACCCAUGUACCCAAGUGGAAACCUUUGUUUCCUCAACUCGAUUCGUUAAAUGUGAAAAAUGUCACCAUUUUUUCGUUGUUCUAUCAGAUAUGGAUUCAAAAAAGACAAUUCAAGAAGCUCGUACAUCUAAAAACAGUUCAGACAAAUUUUAUUAG